AGGAAAAUAAUAAGACUGGGUGUUUAUCAGUGUGUGUAAUAAUUGCUCAUGGAUUUCCUUUCCACCAGCCCCAAGACCCAGCCCCAGUUGGUCGUCUUUAUUCACCGCUGCUCUUUGAAGGAGAGAAGGCUUUUUGUUCUCCUCCACCAUCAGAGUGUAAAGGUAUUUUUCUUUCUAGCUAAGCAACACAAUGGAAAACACGUCAAAAACAAAUAAAAAGGAUAUUCAAGAUGGACCGCCAAAAGAGGUCAAAUUGCCUAUCAGUGAAGCACUUCUCGACUAUCACUGUCAAAUAAAGGAAAAUGCAGUAGAACGAUACAUGGCUCAAAUAAAGAAAAUGAGAGAAAAGAACCAAAAGUAUCAAGAAAGAAAUAAACGCUUAAAGGAUGAACAGAUUUGGCACAUAAGGAACCUACUAAAGGAACUGAGUGAGGAGAAGUCAAAGGGAUUAGCAGUUGUAACAAGAGAGGAAGUUGAAGAAGCAAUGAAGGAAAAAUGGAAGUUUGAAAGAGACCAGGAACAAAACUUGAAAGAUAUGCGCAUCCAAAUAAAUAAUGCUGAGAAACUGUUUCUUGAGAAACUCAGUGAGAAAGAAUAUUGGGAGGAGUACAAGAAUGUAGGGAGUGAACAACAUGCUAAACUCAUUACCUCCUUACAGAAUGACAUCAACAGAGUUAAAGAGAAUGCUGAGAAAAUGUCAGAACAGUAUAAAAUCACCCUGGAAGAUGACAAAAAGAGAAUAAUCAGAGAAACUUUGUUGCAACUGAACCAAAAGAAGGAAUGGGCCACAGAGAAUGCUAUAAGGUUCAUUGACAAGGGCAGCUAUCGAGAGAUCUGGGAGAAUGACUGGCUCAAAAAAGAGAUCGCAAAUCACAGGAAGGAAGUGGAAGAACUGGAACAUGCUAUUCAUGAGCUGGAAGGAGAAAAUUUGGUGCUUAUUGAUCAGCUGUUCAACUGCAGACUUGUGGAUCUCAAAAUACCCAGGCGACUAUAUCUUGCUCAAGCUGUUGGACAGGAAGUGGCACAGGAAGAAAUGCCUUUGGAGUUGCCAGAAACAUAUAUAGAAAAGUCACAAUUGCAACCUGCAGAAGUAAAAAGUAGAGACUUGUUGAGCUUAGCACUUGGGAGCAGUGCUUUACAUCUUAGUCAUGAGGAUAGCAGCAGAUACAGCCAGCAGCUGAAGAUAGAUGAAGAGAGUUCAAGCAUAGAGUUUGGAGCCUCUGAUAUGAAAUACUUACUGUAUGAGGAUGAGCGGGAUUUCAAGGAUUAUGUAAACUUGGGCCCCCUGGAAGUGAAGCUCAUGACUGUGGAGAGCAAGAAAAUGCCCAUCCAUUCCCAAGAGGAGACACCAGUCAAAUUCUAUGACAAUGUCAGGAGCCCGGAAAGCCACAUCACAUAUAAAAUGAUGAAGUCUUUUCUCUAAGACUGAAAUCUGCAAAGUAAAAACAGCUUCUUAUACAUUUCCUUUGGGAACUGAGGUAUAUCAGUCACCCAUUUUAUUUACUCUUUGGUCCAUUUUCAAAGCAGUUAUUUCUAAAGGUCAUAAUUACAUUUAAAAUCAAAGAUCUGAGUAUCCAGCUAUUCAUUUACUUGCAUGGCCUGAGUGACAAAAAUGAAAGUACACUUUAUAUUUCCAUAUUCAAGUACAGAGGAGCAUGACAGUGGGCCAAGAUGGUCUCUGAGGUUGCUUACCACUUAAAAAUUUACUGAUCAAUCUAGGAUGCCAAUAUGAAAUAGUUCAAUUAGGAAUUUUCUGAGAAAAUUUAGAGGUCUGCAUAGCACUGACUACACAUCUUUCCCUCUGAGGGUGCUGAAUGAUAGAUAGCCAGUCCACAAUUCAAGUCUACUCUUCUUUAACCUAACACUAUAAUGAAAAUCAAACAUUUUAGAAACAAAUUUGAGGGUGGUAAUUUCUUUUACAAAAAUAUUCCAUCAACAGGGAGGUCCAUCUCCCAUCAGCUAUAUCAAGUCUAAACUGCUGAGUCUCUAUCCAAGGUCAUCACUCCUUCCCUCUUAUUGGUACCACAAGCCAAGGACACUCUGACUGUGCCUGAAUUUGGCAUCAACUUUCCAUUUUAAAGCUAGUUCUACUUAUAAAGCUUUUUACAAGAAAUGCCUUUUUUUUUCUUUCUUUUGAAACACGUUUUAAAUAUAAGGCCACAGAUAGAUUGAAAGUAAAUACACCAUGCAAACAUUAACCAGAAGGAAGCUGGUGUGACCAAACUAUUCGACAAAGUAGACUUUAAGGUAAGAAGUGUUAAGAAAAUGAAGAAAUAUAUGUCACAAUAAUAAGCAGAUUAAUUCAUCAGGAUGAUAUAACAAUUCUAAAUAAUAAUAUAAUCUCAAAAUAUAUAAAACAAAAUUUACCAAACUAAAAAGCAAUAUGGUAAACCUUAUGUAUAUUUUACCACAAUAAAAAAAGAAAAAAGAAAACAGGCAGAAACAAAUUCACCAUUAGACUUGAAGGUCUUACCACACCUCUCUCAAUAACUGAUUAAAAAACAAAACAAAACCCCAAUCAUUAAGGAUAUAAAAAGUUAAACAACUGUAGAUUACACAUACUUUUCAAGUGUACAUAAAAUAUUUACAAAAAUAGACUAUAUCCUGGGCCAUAAAGUAAGUGACAACAAAUAUUCAAAAAGUUGAAAUGCAUGGAACGGUUCUCUGACCACAGUAGGAAAUAAGUAAAAACAACAACAACAAAAACAAAGCUGUAAUUUUCAGGUAAGCAAGAUACUUCGGAAAAGCCUAUGUGUGAAAGGAGAAAUCACAAGGAAAAAAUACUCUGAAUUAUAAUGAAAAAUAUGACAUCAAAACUUGUGGGGACCAGUUAAAGUGAUGUUUAAAGGGAAAUUUAUAACCUUUCAUGUAUUAAAAAGAAGAAAGUUUGAAAAUUCAAUCAUCUAAGCUUUCAUCUCAGGAAUCUAAAAAAAGCAGCAAAAAUAAACCCAAAGAAAGUAGAAGAAAGGAAAUAAAGAGCAGAAAUUAAUUAAAUAGAAAGUUGACAUAUAAAAGAGAAAAUCAACAAAGUCAAAAGCUGGUUCCUUGAAGGGUUAAUUAAAAUUGAUAACCCAUAGUAAGACUAAUCAAAAAAGAGAGGAAAUAAAUGAAAAAGAGACAUCACUACAGAAUUACAGACAUUAUUAAAAGGAUAAAAGGAAAUUAAGCAGAAAAAAACUUUCCCCAUAAAUUUGACAAUUUAGAUGAAAUGGACACAUUUCUUGAAAAAUAUUUCUACAAAACAGGAGGAAACAAAAAUUCUGAUUUAGGCCUAGAUAUGUUUUUAAAAAUCCAAUCUGCAUUUAAAAAAUUUAAGAAGCCAGCUGGCUUGCUUCACUGGUGAAUUUUUCCAAACAUUUCAAAAAGAUACAAUACCAAAUAUACACAAACUCUUUCAGAGAACAGAGAAAAAAGAAACACUUCCAAAUUAUUCUAUGAGGUCAAUAUUAUUCUAAUACCCAAACCUGGCAACAUCAUUACAGGAAAAGAAAAUUAAAGGCCAGUAUUUCUCAUGAAGAUAGAUGCAAAAUCAUUCACAAAAUAUUAGCUUAUUGAAUCUAACAAUAUUAUAAUAUAUUUCAUGAAUAAAGAAUGCAAGGUUGGUUUAAUAUUCAGUAAUCAGAGUGGAAACAUGAAUGAGAUCAAUGGAUUAUAUCAAUAUCAAUACCCUGGUUGUGACAUUGUACUAUAAUUUUGGAAAAAAUGCUUAUUUUUAGGGAAACUGGAUAAAGAGUACAUGUCAUCUGUCUGUAUUAUUUUUGUACAACUGCAUGUGAUUCUAAAGUUAUCUCAAAAUAAAAAAAUCAAGGGUAAAAUGAACAGAACAUAGGUGGUAACUCAUAUGAUCAUCUCACUAGAUACAGCAUUUGAUAAAGUUUAACAGUGUGAUAAAAAUUCAUAAUAAUAUGAUAAAGCUCUCAGCAAAGAAGGAAUAUCUUUUUUUUUUAAAAAAAAAAAAAAAAGCCCUGUAGCUAAAAUUGUAUUUAAUAGUGAAAUAUUAAACAUUUUCCCAUUGAGGUCAGGAACAAGACAUAUAUUCACCAUCACACUUCUAUUCAACAGUGUUGACUAGAACUGGAGUGUUCUAACCAGGCAAAAAAAAGGAAUUAAAAGCAUAGAGAUUAGAAGAAAGAAACAAAUUGUCUUAGAGAUGUCAAGGUUUUGUAUGUAGAUAAUCCAAAGUAAUCUACAAACUACUAGAAUUUACAAGUGAAUUUAGCAAGGUCACAGAGUACAAGGUCAAUAAAGAUCCAAUGUAUUUCUUUAUACUAGCAACAAACAAUUGGGAAAAAUAAAAUAGAAUCAAUAACGUCAAAUAUCAAGGAAUUCAUGCAAUGAAAUAUAAGCAAAAUUUCUAUGCUGAAGACUUCAAAACAUUGUUGAGAGAAAUUAAAGAAAACUUAAAUAAAUGGAAUAAACAGAGAGAUACACCAUUAUCAUGAAGUGGAAGAUUCAAAAGAGUUAAGAUGUCUGUUCUUCCCAACUUGAUCUAUAGAUUCAGUGCAAUCCAAAUCAAAAUGCUAGCAUUUUCUUGUAGACGUUAACAAGUUUUUUGUAACAUUAUUAUGGAAAUUUAUAACCUAGGCAGAAGACCUAGGAUAGCCAAAACAAUCUUGAAGUAAAACAACAAAUUGGAGACCUUAACACUACCAAACUGCAAGACUUAACAUAACAUUUCAGUAAUUAAGACAGUGCACUACAGGCCCAAAGAUGAAGAAUCAGUCCAGUGGAACAGAAUAAAGAGUCCAGAAACAAAGCCACACAUUUACAGUCUCUUGACUUCUGCAAAGAUGCCCCUAUAAUUCACUGGGGGGGGGGGGGGGCAUGGUCUUUUUUAAUAAUAAAUGAUGAUGAGGCAAUUGUGUAGCUGGGAAAAAAAUGAACAUUGACUCUUACCUCAUACCAUACACAAAAAUCAACUCAAAGUGAAUCUGAGACCUAAAUAUGGAACGUAAAACAAUAAAGCGUUUAGUAGAAAAUAUAAGAAUAUUUUCAUGCUCCCCUGUGCACAUCCAAUAGAUCCUCAAAGCCUAUGCCUGAAAUUUUAAACUACAUCUGGUACGUGGGUAAAUGUGGAUUUGGUAGUGUUCCACAUGGCUCCAUCAAGCCUACUGCUCCCUGUAUCAACCACCUCCCUGGGAAAAAUAAAAGUCAUAAAAAUAACCAAUCAUAAAAAGACUGAUAAACUGCAUUUUAU